AUGGUAGAGCUCCGGAUAAUUGAGGAUCCUGGUUUCACGCACCUCAUCACCAAGAAUCCGGAACAAGCGAGUGGGCGACCGAACAAAAAGAAAUGCCCCAUCCUUUUGGGAAGCCAACAACUACGUAAACCCCCAUCGUCCAAGUCUCUGUGCCUCAACCUAGAUCCUAUCCCUGAAGAACGCCACGAAAACGACACCGGAAAACAAAUACGCGAUAUGCCAACCAAACACGGUCCUGAGGAGUUUGCUCACAAAGCCGAAGAGGACCUCGACAAAUUCGAGGACAAGGUCCGAAGUGAACACCGAAGGCACACCGUUGCGAGUUCUGGAGGGAGUGACUUGAGGAAGUCGCUCAGUGGUGUUUCGGCUCACGACCGGGAUGAAUCUGGAGUGUUCAACAAUCUCGAAGGUGUAUUCGAUGAUCUGGAACAGAAGGUUCCACAUGAGCACAAUGCGCCGCAUAGUCCCCGUAUGCAUGACCCCAGCAUCACGUCUGGCGAGUCCAGUCAGUACGUGCCCCACGCCACCACAACCGAUUUCCGUACCCUCGAGUCCGAUGCUCCGCCGCCUAUCAGCAUGAAAACUGGCACCCUUGGAAGGCGGGCGAGGAUCACAAAUAGCAAGAAUCCCUAUCUGGCCGGAGUUUCGUGCAGCUCCAAGAAAUAUGAUACGAGCAAUUCGUCGAUGAACCAGGCCAGCAACAAGACGAACAAAGAAGGAUUGACCAAGGAGAAGGAGACCCGAGCCAGAAAGACAUCCUUCUCGCAGGAUCUGAAGGCCGAGGUCGAUAAAUUCAUUAAGAAUUAG